AUGGCGACGAACCUCGUCGACUGGCUGGACGCCGACGGCGACGUGGAGCACGUGCCGCCGCAUGUCAAGCAGGCCCUCGAGGCCCCGUGGCGCGGCCAGGACGACCUCAAGGGCGCCAAGGCGCGCGCGACGCUGUCAUUCUUCACCGAGGAGGCCGUGUUCAUCCCGAUGGAUCAGGUUCGACGCACGCGCACGACGCCGAACAAGUUGACGGCCGGCAAGAACACCGGGACCUACUACAAGCUCAAGGCCAGCCCGGACCGGAAGCCCUGGUACGCCAAGUACGGGCGCAUCAACCAGACGAAGCUCAUGGAGAUCAUCAUCAAGUGCGAGCAGAUCGACGACGUCGCCAAGGAGAAGUACCUCAAGGACAGGUCCGCGGCGUCGGCCAAGAAGUGGCUGCGCGAGUACUCCGAGAAGCAGCAGAAGGAGGACAAGGAGAAGGAGCAGUUGGGGCAGCUCGAGGCUGCGGAGGUGGAGCAGCUGCCGCAGGUCGAGAAGGACCGGCGGGCACGCUCGUCUCUGCUCGAGGCCAGGCUCAUCAGGGCUCUAUCCGCGGGGCAAGUGAGGGCGAUCCACUACGCGCUCUCCACGUUCUUCUUCGUUUGCCGCAUCCCCUUCGUGAUUACGGACCACUGGGCGUUCAGACGAUUCAUCAAAGCGCUUGCGCCCGAGUACGAGCCGCACUGUCCGAAGCGUACCGCACUCUCGACUACCUGGCUCUCCCACAUCCACGAGGAGGUCGAGCAGCGUACGGAGAGCGCGUUCCACGGGACUCGAGGAAGGGCGACGGUCAUCAUAGACGGUUUUAAAGAUCGACGGCGUCGCCACGUCAUGAACAUUUCCAAGGCGAAGGUCGGCAUCCCCGUGUACCUCAAGACAUCCUGGUUCGGCGCCAAGCGCCACUCGGGCGAGACCUACGGCAAGGAGGUCGAGAACUGCAUCGGCGACGGCCUCUCCUCAGGGCGAGCGCGGGAAUCGAAAUUGUUUCCAUGUCUUCGGCAAAUUCUGCACACAAUUCUAGAACGUGUCCGUGUGCUCGGGUUUCAUUUGACACUCAUGGACUUGCACGUGCUCCGGCAGUCUUCAGAACACGCAUGUUUUGAGGAGCAUCUCGAUCUACACAAUGCCAAUGAUGUCGCCAUAAUCUGUGUUCUUUCUAGAAGUGAUUCUCACGAUGAAAGUGAAGGUGCGGAAGAGUAUGCUCAGGAAAAAAGUGGAGUUCACAUCCGGACGUUACCUUUGUCUCAAACAUGUCCCAAAGUGUGGCUGCCUUUAAAGCAGCCGGGCGACGGAUCAAAAUCAAGAAGGACCUCACCAAGAGACUUUAAUAUCAAUAUGGACCCCGCCUUCCAAAAUAAUGUCGAAAUGGACCUCACUUCAAAACAAAAUAUCAAAAGGGACCUCACCGUCCACCAUUUUUGA